UAAAACCGCGUAAAUGCGAUUCCCUGUAACAACCCCGUUUCACGCAGCGACAUUUCUCUGCUCUUCACUCUUGCCCAAGCGGGAAUGCUACCGGUCAAGCCAGUCAACCGGUGAUCACCAAAAUUUUUGACUUGCUACUCUGAAACGGAAAGCUAAGAUCUACAUCUACACUACACAUCCGACUCAGUCGUCUGCCGUUUUCAUGCUGUGCAAGUUGCCGUUUAUGGUUACAGUACAAUAAGAAGAUUAGAUAAGUUAAAGAAGAAGAAGAAGAAGAAGAAGAAUUAGUUGUAGCAUAUCUGAUAUGGAGAACUAUUUGAAUGAAAACUUCGGCGAUGUAAAGCCUAAAAACUCAUCUGAAGAAGCUUUGCAGAGAUGGAGAAAGCUUUGUUGGUUAGUUAAGAAUCCUAAACGACGAUUUCGUUUCACUGCUAAUCUCUCUAAACGAUUUGAAGCUGACGCUAUUCGUCGCUCAAAUCAGGAGAAGCUUAGAGUUGCAGUUUUGGUUUCAAAAGCUGCUCUUCAGUUUAUCCAUUGUCUAAAUUUGUCCAGUGACUACACUGUACCUGAAGAGGUUGAGGCUGCUGGUUUUAAAAUUUGUGCUGAUGAGUUAGCAUCGAUUGUUGAAGGCCAUGAAGUGAAGAAGCUAGCAAUUCAUGGUGGAGUUGAGGGCCUAGCUGGGAAGCUUUCCACAUCAGUUGCUGAUGGUAUCUCUACUUCUGAUGAUUUACUAAAUAGAAGGAAAGAAAUUUAUGGAAUAAAUAAAUUCACUGAAAGCCCAGCGCGGGGUUUCUGGGUUUUUGUUUGGGAAGCCCUUCAAGAUAUGACUCUUAUGAUACUUGGGAUUUGUGCCCUUGUUUCUCUUGUUGUUGGCAUAAUUAUGGAAGGGUGGCCAAAGGGUGCCCAUGAUGGACUUGGAAUUGUUGCAAGUAUUCUACUUGUUGUGUUUGUCACUGCUACCAGUGAUUAUAGGCAAUCUCUGCAGUUCAAAGAUUUGGACAAGGAGAAGAAAAAGAUAUCAGUUCAUGUAACAAGAAACGGCUUGAGGCAGAAACUCUCAAUAUAUGAUUUACUUCCUGGGGACAUUGUUCAUCUUUCCAUUGGAGAUCAGGUCCCAGCUGAUGGACUCUUCAUUUCAGGGUUUUCUUUGUUAAUUAAUGAAUCCAGUUUAACAGGAGAGAGUGAACCUGUUCAUGUGAACACUACAAAUCCUUUUCUCCUUUCUGGAACCAAAGUUCAGGAUGGAUCAUGCAAAAUGCUUGUGACUACUGUAGGAAUGAGAACGCAAUGGGGUAAACUGAUGGCUACUCUCAGUGAAGGAGGAGAUGAUGAGACACCACUGCAGGUCAAAUUGAAUGGAGUAGCAACUGUCAUUGGUAAAAUAGGCCUAUUUUUUGCAGUUGUGACAUUUGCUGUCCUGGUGGAAGGAUUAUAUAGGCGCAAGCUUCAUGAAGAAAGCCACUGGGACUGGUCUGGUGAUGAUGCCAUGGAAAUGUUGGAAUUUUUUGCUGUUGCUGUUACAAUUGUAGUGGUUGCAGUUCCUGAGGGGCUUCCCUUAGCUGUGACAUUAAGUCUUGCUUUUGCCAUGAAGAAGAUGAUGAAUGAUAAGGCACUUGUUCGCCAUCUAGCUGCUUGUGAGACCAUGGGGUCUAGUACAACUAUCUGCAGUGACAAAACUGGGACACUAACAACUAACCAUAUGACUGUUGUAAAAGCAUGCAUUUGUGGGCAAAUCACCGAAGUGGGCAGCUCUGAGAGUACUCAUAAUUUUGGUUCUAUAGUGCUUGAUUCUGCUAAGAGAAUCCUACUUGAAUCUAUAUUUAAUAACACUGGGGGAGAAGUUGUUAGUAACAAAGACAACAAAACUGAGAUACUAGGAUCACCCACUGAAACUGCUCUUCUAGAACUGGGGCUGUUACUUGGAAAUUUCCAAGUAGAAAGGGAGAAAUCAAAAAUCGUGAAGGUUGAACCAUUUAACUCUACAAAGAAGCGAAUGAGUGUAGUUUUAGAGCUUCCUGAAGGAGGUUUUCGGGCACACUGUAAGGGAGCUUCUGAAAUAAUUUUAGCUGCAUGUGACAAAUUUAUUGACAAAAAUGGCGUGGUUGUUUCCCUUAAUGAAGAAUCCAUCGAUCAUUUGAAGAAUACAAUUGAACAAUUUGCUAGUGAAGCUCUUCGAACUCUUUGCCUUGCUUACUUAGAUAUUGGAAGUGAGUUCUCUGCUGAAAGUCCUAUCCCUCUUAAGGGGUACACUUGCAUAGGUAUUGUGGGUAUCAAAGAUCCAGUGCGCCCUGGUGUUAGAGAGUCUGUUGCAAUUUGCAGAUCAGCUGGAAUUGUGGUUCGGAUGGUCACUGGAGACAACAUAACCACUGCUAAGGCAAUUGCUAGAGAAUGUGGAAUUUUGACUGAUAAGGGCAUAGCAAUUGAAGGACCAGAAUUCAGAGAGAAGAGUGAGGAGGAGUUGCGUGAACUUAUUCCAAAAAUUCAGGUAAUGGCCCGAUCUUCACCAAUGGAUAAACAUACCCUUGUGAAGCAUCUAAGAACAACUUUUGAGGAAGUUGUCGCAGUGACUGGUGAUGGUACAAAUGAUGCUCCAGCACUUCAUGAAGCAGACAUUGGGCUAGCAAUGGGCAUCUCUGGAACUGAGGUAGCAAAGGAAAGUGCUGACGUCAUAAUUCUAGAUGACAACUUCUCCACAAUUGUGACUGUGGCAAAAUGGGGACGUUCAGUUUACAUAAACAUUCAAAAGUUUGUUCAGUUUCAACUCACAGUCAAUGUUGUUGCCCUGAUUGUCAACUUUUCUUCAGCUUGUUUGACAGGAAAUGCUCCCCUAACUGCUGUUCAACUUCUCUGGGUCAAUAUGAUCAUGGAUACUCUAGGAGCACUAGCACUGGCAACAGAGCCUCCUAAUGAUGACUUGAUGACAAGAUCACCAGUUGGUAGGAAAGGAAACUUCAUCAGCAACAUAAUGUGGAGGAAUAUUUUGGGCCAGUCAAUGUAUCAGUUUGUGAUGAUAUGGUAUCUGCAAACGAGAGGAAAAACAUUUUUUCAUCUUGAUGGCCCAGAUUCUGAUUUGAUACUGAAUACUCUUAUUUUUAACUCAUUUGUUUUCUGCCAGGUUUUCAAUGAGAUCAGCUCCAGAGAGAUGGAAAAGAUCAAUGUCUUUAGAGGCAUACUGAAAAACUAUGUUUUUGUGGCUGUGCUCAGUUGCACUACCCUCUUCCAAAUUGUAAUUGUCGAGUUCCUGGGAACAUUUGCAAACACCUCUCCUCUCACUUGGCAGCAAUGGUUUGUUACCAUUUUGCUAGGAUUCCUUGGCAUGCCAAUUGCUGCUAUCUUAAAGAUGAUACCAGUGGGAUCAAACUGAUAUCUGAGGAAAUGCACUAGGUACUUCCUUAGUCAUCCAACUUUUCAUGCACGAAUGAGUUUUUUUUUUCCCCUUUUGUUGCCCAUUCUUUAUUAUUUUUCGAAUCACCUCAUUAUACAGCUGUAGCAUCAAUGGAGCUGUAGUAUUUUUUCACAGCCUAAAAGUUUGAAAGGCUAGCAAAAUUUGAGGCCAAGAUUGUUUUGACUGCAAAGCUUUGAUGUUACUUAAAAGUACAAAACCUGAUCUACAUGACAAACUUGGUCUAAAAAUUCAACACUAACUUGUAAGCUUGUAGGAACAGGAGAGAAAUUGUAAUAUUAUUAUAUAAACUGAAUCUUUUUAUUGAUCUUAAAAUUA